GCCAGGGUACGACAAGUACGGCGGGUGGCGGCCGACUGUUUACACGGAUGUACGGCAGUUUGGCAGCGGGAGGCGAUGUGGGGGCGGGUGGUGGCGGCAGCGGGCAGGCUGCGGCUGCAGUGGAGGAGGCUGGUGCGGUGCGCGGUUCUACACCAGCAGCUGGAGGAGGUGCUCCUGGUGCAGGUGACAGCGCCAAGAGCGCAGGCAUGACUUAUGCUAUAUUACGCGAGGAGGGGCAGGAGGUUCAGCAGCAGGGGAGGCGGCAUGAAGACCGGCAAGAGGCGCAUUCGGACCGGCAUCAGCAUCCGCGACAGCACCAGCGGCGGCGCAAGCAUAAGGUGUACGAAGACGAGGUGUCGUACGAUCCGUACGACGCCUCCUGGUCAAACGUUGACUGGGAUGAGAUCCGCAUCCCGCCUCCUUCCUCCCAAGGAGCAUCAGGCCAGUCAGCCCCUCCUCAGGACGGAUGUGUUACCCUCGGACGCAAUGGCAGUCGUGGUAGCGGCGCUAGCAAUGGCGGUACGACAGCUGACAUCCUGUCGUACGACGUCAAGCGUGUUCACGAUGAGGCGACCGGUCGGGAGCUGCUGGAGAUUGUUCCGACGGGGCCGGGGCUAGCAGGUACGACAGUAGCAGCAGCGGCAGCGGAGGCGGGCGGGGAUCCGGCGGCGGCGGUGUUGCCGGCUGAAUUGCUGUCUGCAUGUCAGGAGGCGGCGGCGGAGUGGGCAGCGGAGGAGCAGCAGCGUAUGGAGGCGGCGGCGGAGGCGACACCAGGGUUAUGGCGUUUGGAGGUGGCGGAGGCCCUACGGGAGUUGACGGGCUCCGAGCCCCUGCUGCGGUGGGUGACGCCCCACAACACCGCCGUCGCAGACCUGCUGCUCCUGCCGCCUAAGCAGCAGCCAACCAGGCGCGGAAGAGCGACCCGCGGGUCUGCAUCGUCUCCGCCGCCACCAGUGGCGGUGCUGCUGUUGGGGCCGGAGGACGUCACAAGGAAUGCGCCGUACACGCCGCUGGGCGCCACGCGCAUGCGGCAGCGGCUGCUGGAGGCUGCCGGGGCGCGUGUGGUGGUGCUGCCUCGCUUCCUGUGGCGCCUGAUGAGCGGCGCGCCGGAGGAGCAGCUGUGCCUGCUGGGGAACCUGCUGGGCGGGAAGAUGUAGGGUUGUAGGCUGUAGCGCUGAUGAGCGUGAGUGGUUGUGCAAGUGAUGUUUGGCUUCCCGGGCGAGGCGUUUAUUUGCUGGGAAUGUGGCCAUGUGAGAGUUAGUAUCGGAAUGCUGACUACCAGCAAUGGGCUCGUUGGAUGCCCGCAGUGGCACUUUGAGAACGACAUGUGCGCGCGGUGAGUGUUAGGCAUUGUGAUUUGCGCACAUGCAAGUAAUAUGGCAGUCAUCGCGUUUGACUAUAUAGCUAGCCUCUAGCGAGCACAGCAUGUUGGCUUGGGAAGGAGCCAAGCGAUAGACAAACAUGAAAGACAUGAUUCAGCCCGUAAAGGUGGUGUCGAUAGACACCGUUUGUAAGUUUGUCGCUUG